AUGAAAGUGAGAAACGUUUGCUGUGCGACUGACUGCUCCUGGUCUCCAUCGCAGGAUCCUGGUUAUCUGGUGGACCUGAGAGGCCGCUCUCCUGCCCCCACCCUGGACCCUCCAGCACUGCAUAGCCCCCCGAUACGGGGGCCGCGGACCCCAGGGCUCAGGAGGACUCAACCAGGACUUUCCAAAAGUUGCCGCGGGGCCUUCCGAUCCCCUCGACCAUCUUCCAAGUCUGGCCAGGCUGAUGGGGCCAGUGAGGAUUCUUCGCACCUUGACAUUCAGAAGCUGAAGGAAAAGAGGGACCUGCUGGAGAAGGAGAUCUCCCAGUUAAUAUCUGAAGGCUACAGCGUGGAUGAACUGGAGGACCACAUCUCCCAGCUCCACGAGUAUAAUGACAUCAAAGACGUGGGCCAGAUGCUGCUGGGCAAACUAGCCGUGAUCCGAGGAGUCACCACCAAAGAGUUGUAUCCAGAGUUCGGCCUGGACAUGAGUGACUGAGCAAAGACCCACAGCCCCCUGUCAGCGGCCCGCGGGGGCGGCCGGAUGUGGGCAGAGAAGCUGUGAGAGCCCACCCAGCGUACCGCAGACUUUUGAGCCAGACAGGAGCCCUUCUGUACAGAGCCCGCGCUGAGUCAGGAGGAAGGUGUGUGCCCAGCUCCCAGACUCCCAAGAUGUCCCAGAGGGACACCUGUGUAUGUGUAUAUGCUCCUAUUUGUGAGUAAACAUGUGAACAAUCUUUUUUUUUUAAAUUUUUUAGAUUUUAUUUAUUUUUAGAGAGAAGGAAAGGGAGGGAGAAAGAGAGAGAA